AAAUAGCAAUAAUAACUUUAAUAUAAAAGCCGUAAAAUCCCCUAUCAUUUGGGGAUAUUUAAUAACUACAUUCAACAAUGCCAGACGAUAAAGCUAAUUUCGCCAAAAACAUCGCUGUGAGCGUCGCUGGGUCCGUGGGGGCCAACAAGUUGGCAGAUAAGGCCGGCUUGGGCCAAGUGGGUCAUAUAGUGAGUGGAGUGGCCGGGGGAAUUGGUGCUAAUGAGGCGGAAAACAAGGCUGAACAGGAAGUCAAGAAGUAGAGAAUAAACGAUUGUU